ACGGCAGCUCUUCUUCCCCUCCAGUCUAUCCGGCCUCUCGGCUCGUUACUCCCCGUCCUCCUCCUCCUCCUCUUCUCGGGCAGCGACCAUGGCCGGAUCCGGAUCAGCUGCGGAGCGGAUCGGAUACAUCACCCGCGUCCAGAGCUUCAGCGCCUGUCACCGGCUCCACAGCGUUCACCUGAGUGACGAGGAGAAUAAACGCGUCUAUGGAAAAUGCAACAAUCCCAAUGGACACGGACACAACUACAAAGUGGAGGUGACAGUUCGUGGGAAGAUCGAUCGUCUCACUGGGAUGGUCAUGAACCUGACGGACUUGAAGAGAUGCAUCGAGGACGUCAUCAUGACUCCACUGGACCAUAAGAACCUGGAUAAGGACGUCCCUUACUUUGCCAGCAUUGUCAGCACAACUGAGAACGUGGCUGUUUACAUUUGGGACAACAUGGCGAAGGUCCUCCCGCCCGGCCUGCUCUACGAGAUUAAGAUCUAUGAGACCGACAAGAACGUGGUCGUAUAUCGAGGAGAGUAGACGUCUCAGCGUCCACGUGAAGAGACGUCUUCUUUCCGGGUUGUGUUCGAGUGCCACUAAGUGUAAUGUAAACUCCGGUUAGUUAGACUCAUGCAGGUGUUUGAAGGUGAUAGAUGAUAUUGAUUAUCUUGCACUUUAUAGACACAAGAUUUUGUAGCAAAUCCAAAUGUUCAGUAUUCUUCUUUAUUCUUGUUACGGUGGAAAAUUUGUUUAGACUUGAUGAUUCACAACCUUUUCGGCUGGUGAGCCUUUAAAACAGUGACAUCUCGUCACCUCAUGUGAACACUGCGAGCUUUUGUCUGCAGGUUAAAACCAAAGAGCUGUUUGUUCUGCUUUGUUUUAUGAAUCUUUUUGAAAAACCCAAAGAAAUUACAAAAACUUUUUCUUUU